GUUAGUCAUGUUGCUAAAAUGCAGCUCGCUAAAGAUGGGGAAGCGAGAAUGAAGAUAAGUGGCUGGAAAUGAAGACGGGAGGCGCAAUGAAAAGGGAUAAUUUGGUAGCCUCGUUGGCGACAGUGGCGUAAAAAGAGUAGAGAAAGUAACGUGGGUCGUGAUCGACUGGAGGCAUAAAGUGGGGAGGGGUAAAGAGACAAAAAGAGUGAGGUUUGGAGAGGGUUGCAGAAGAGGAACAGAGGCAAGCAGCUGGAUCGUCCUGAGACUAACAGAAAAUGAGAGUCAGUAGUCCAGGGCGGAUGAGUCUGAACCAGGCUGUUCCCACAGCAACUCGGCGCCGCAGGUGGAAGCGCAAGACCAUGUUGGUGCUGACUGAUGUUUCAGGGGCCAAGCAGUUGAGUGUGCUUACGCGCCGGUGCUGCUUGCUUGCGCCUUGUCGCCGUAGACUGAAGCGACCACGCCAUAGGCCCAGCGCCAUCAGUGCUGUUCAAUGGGAAAGUGCAGAAGAAAAGCUUGAUGAUGAUGAUGAUGAAGAUCAGAGAUCAAAUACUGAUCAGCAGCAUGAGGAAGAAAGUAACACUGGGCCGUCAUCUCAGAGCUUAGAUGGAAAGGUCAAUGGUUCACUUCACAAAAGCAGGACGUUAGUGGAGCAGACCAAUGGAACUGAGGAGGCAGAGGAAGGCACAGAGCAAUGUGUGAAUACUGGCUUGUUUACAAUUAAUGGUGUACUCAGUGGUGAACCAUAUGAAGAUUUUGUUGAUAGUGUCACUGCAUCCUCUGAUGUCAUAGCAAGAUUACAUUUCACUGCAGUGAACAUUGGGAAUGAGCAGAGUAUCGUCCUCAUGUCACCAUCACAGCGGUUGACCUUUCGAGGAAGGUGUCAAUUGAAAUGCCUCUAUGGGAACGUCCAGGUAUUCGGAUUUACAGUUGGACAGGAGCAGCCCCCAUACCAUCUGUACUCCUUACCAACACACGCUGCCCUGACCAUUGAAGCUCUGCCUCACUGCAAACCAGGCCGGACGAAGCGUGACAUGAAAAUGGAAGUAAAAACAGUUCUACGACAGCAUGUACCAUCAGCUUCAAGACACAUUUUGAUGAAGGAAGUGACUUCUUCUUGCUCAGUCCUGCUGUUAGAGCGUCUCGAUACCCCAGAGACACUCUUUCUGUCCAGCUUCCCAGAAUACAAAGAAAUAUUUACAUCGCAUUCAAAAAGAAUGAAUUCUGGGAAACUUGCAUUUCAUGAAUGCGCAGCUUUGUCCUCUAUUGGUGUGGCUGUUCUCCCUGAUGAUCAGGGGAUGAAUAUGUCAGAAAGUUGGAUGACCACUGUCCAGGAACUUGUAAAGACGUGUCUGGAAGAUGACAAUGGCUGUCCUAUCAUCUUGACAUGUGGAGGGAAGAACGUGGGGAAGUCAACAUUCAACAGACAUCUCAUGAAUUCGCUUCUGAACCAUGUUCCAUGUGUGGAGUUUCUGGAACUUGACAUAGGUCAGACAGAAUUUAGUCCCCCUGGUUGCAUGGCAUUACAUUUGGUGACCAAGCCUGUUUUCAGUCCACCUUACAUGCACCAGUGUGAGCCCCGUAAAAUGGUAUAUUAUGGUAAUGUGCUCUGUGACCGGGACCCAGAUCGAUAUAUGGAAGUUGUGAGGUAUCUCUAUGCUGAGUACAAGAAAGAAGCUCCACUGAUCAUAAACACCAUGGGCUGGAUCAAAGGAUUAGGGUUGUCUGUUUUGGUCGAUCUGAUUCGGCUCUUGGCCCCAACACAUGUAGUGCAGCUUGUCAACACAAGGGGGAGCCAGGACUCUGUGCUUCUUACAUCGGAAUUUGUGCAGACAGCAACUGGGUGGCAAACCAAGGGGAAACACCAAAUUCAGCAAAAACCUGUCGACCUCAGGACAUCCCCCAAUUCAUCCGAUGAGGAGAUGCAAAUGCAUGUGGGACUCCAGGGGCACAAAUUGAUGUACAUUCAUUCUGAGUUUCCUGGAGUGGAAGAUGGUAGCUGUUUAAAAUACCGCAGCAACGUGCUAAGAGAUUUGGCUCUUCUGGGUUCUUUCAGCCACCUGCAGCCUUUGGACAUCGGCCACCCCUUGUCCUUGCAUCGUAUGCUGCCGUAUCAGGUGCCAUUUAAUGCAGUUGCACUGCAUGUAUUACAUUGUGAUGUGACUCCCACCCAUAUCUUGUAUGCAGCCAAUGCCAGUCUGGUGGGCCUGUGCAGAAUACCAGGUGGUGUCAACUCCCAUGCCGAUGGACCUGUGCUGCUCUCGCAGACUCCAGUAUGUGAUUGCUUUGGUGUUGGAAUCAUACGUGGCAUUAACUUGGAAAAGAGAUUGUAUUACAUACUGACUUCAGUUCCUGUGGCAAGGCUGAAGCAAGUGAAUUGUUUGCUUGUGGGGGCAGUCACCAUCCCCCAUACUGUCUUCAGAAACCAGCCUGGUGUGACGGGAGAGGUGCCAUAUUUGACAUCUGACUAUUCUUUCACUAUUUCUGGAGCUGGAAAGAUUAAAGUUUGUCGUCCUCUGAGGAGGCGUGAGCAUCCUAAAGCUGUGUCUUAAUGGAGAAUGCCAAUGUAUGUUUAAAAAAUGAGGAGGGUGUAUAUGUACUGCGGUUUAAUAGGCAUUGUGCCUUAGUUUGGGGACGGGUUUAGUACAAGGGGCACAGAGUGGUGGAUAGAAGAGCCUGCAGACUCUUUACAAUUUCAGUUUUGGGCUACGUUCUGUUUAUUCUUCCUCUUUUCACUCCUGCUCUCAGUCUGUCAGGAUGUAGCUUGUCCCAGAAUUGAAUUGGAGUUCUUUAAAAUUUGUGACCAAGCAUUUGUUUUAAUAAAGGGUCACUCAGUACUGUUACUUCUGUUCUGGUUUUGUUUUUGCAAAUGUGCAGAUGUUGAUUGAUACAUUUCUUAGGUGAACAUUCAAAACUGCUUUGGCACUGCUUGCAACAAAGCUGGGUCCUGCUAUCUACCCUCCCCCUUGCCCAUUGUUCUGGCCAGAUUUUAUCUUUGAGAUAACACCUGAAAACCUCAGUUUAUCUGAUUAUUACAUUGCUGUAUGCAGACAGUUGUGUAUAAAUUAAAUUUGUAUUUCCCACUAAAGUGAUUAACCUUUAAAAGUACUUAAAAGAUGUUAAAGUACUUUUGGGAAAUUGAUGUAUUAAUGCUUGUUUUUAUUCACUAAUUAUAUUCUGUUUUCUUGUAUGAAUCUCACUUAGCCAGAAUGACAAGUGCCAGUGUUUGGAUUGCAUUAAUUUUGAUCUAUAUCUGCAGUCCUGGAUGUAAGCACAAGGAGAUGCUCUUACACCAUAAUUUCACCACACUAAUCAUUAAACCUAAUACUCCUAACUGACCAAAACAUGAGAAAUUAGUACAUUGUAACAAAAACUUGUUAAAUAAAUGUGAUUUUUUUUUUCA